AUGGCAGAACAUGGCAGAACAUGGCAGAGCACAGCCAACAUCAAUAGGAAUUCAGCACAGCUGCAGGACACUUAUUUCACGUUUGCUACCCGGGCGGAAGCUCGCCCCAACGCUUCGAUUGAGUUCACACCUGAUGAUUUCAUCAACGACUAUAGAAGCAAGUUUGUCAACGCAACUGGCUCGUCUUUCAACCUGAUCUCUGGAGGUGGUCCCAAGCCAAAUCGGAUCGACGAGUCCCUAGGAGUGAAGUACUACGAGGUUGAAUACGUGGUACGAACGCAGCUGGGCUUCUCCUUUGACUCGUUGAAGACCUUGCACUUCAUCACAACUUUCGCGGCAUCCAAGGAUGCCGUGAACAUCAUGAACUGCCAAGCGUUGGAUGACAAGUGGGACGAGGACGGUGCCACCUUGCGGAAAGUUGCAGAGUCCUUCACUGUGUGCCAGGUUUGUGAACAAGCAGUGGAAGAGGCUAUCAUUUACUCCAAAGAGAAUAAGAUCUCCAGUGAGGAUGACUUGAAUGAUAUGAUCGACGGGCUUUGCUCGGUUAAGAAGAAAGAAGGGCGAUGGGUAGCGCACCUGGAUAUCGUCCAGGAGGAUGCUGGUGGACCCCUAUCUGUUGAGAAGCAGGACGGUUUGGGCUAUUGCAGGGGCGAAUGCACAAUUGUACAGAGGGCGUGUCAAAGCUCCUUGCGAGGCAAAGAAGAAAGCUUGGCCUCCAUGCUACAGCAGGACACUGCCAACAAGAAAAUGAAAGAGAAGGUCUGUAAAAAGAUUUGCGAAAAGAAACGACCGAAGAUCGCAGAUUGGAAAGAUGAGCCGUUUGAGCCACGUGAUCCAAAAGAGGUAGAGACUCAAGAUAUGAUGGCGAAGAUGAAAGCGGAGACUGGCAUGAGCAUGAAGAUGUACAGCCGUGAGGAACUCGAGAGGAUGACGGACGGUGAUAUGGAGACUAUGGCCGCAAGAGAGGCUGGACAUCCAAACCUUGUGGUUGGAAUUGGUUGGACAUUUUUUGGGAAGUUUUGA